UACAGCUCAGCCGGAUCGAAAACCCGAAAAAUGUCAGUACCUUUCCGCAAUGCAUUGCGGCUCCUUGCUGAAGACGCUACCGAAAUUUUGGAAAAUAAAAAAGAAUUUAAUCUCCCCGAACAAACAGUUAGCAUUUCCCUCCACCGUUCAAAUAUUCGCUCCCUCGUUACAUCCCUAGAACUAGAAUUGGGAAAUGUAUCCGAAACAAUCACAGAUAUAACCUCAGCCCACGAAAGAUGGAUGACAGUCCGUACCAGUAUGACAGGCGCAGAGCGCCAAGCCGACAACCCGAUAUACGAAGCAUUUACUACAGAAACUCCAUUCCUUAAUAUACUACGAGAUUUAAAGAGAUAUUCCCGUAAACUCCUUUCUGAAAAGGCUAAAUUAACAGAAGUUCUUCCCGAUCCCUCCCAAAUCACAAAUACACAUUUUCACCUCCCGAAACUCUCUCUUCCCAAAUUUAAUGGAAAAUGUGUUGAAUUUACUUCCUUUUGGAACUCAUUUAAAGUUGGUGUCCACGACAUUCCAGAUCUUUCCGAUGCCGUUAAAUUUAAUUAUCUCAAGGAAUGUUUAGAUGGACCCGCAUAUUUACUGAUAAAAUCCCUUCCUUUAACCAAUGCUUCUUAUCAUGAGGCAAUCCGACUUCUAAGAGAAAAUUAUGGAAAUUCCGAUGAAAUAAAUAGGACCCUUCUCCAUUCAAUAAGAAAAUUGCCUACAGUACAUUCAAAUAAUGGUCCCGAAAAUCUUUGUAUGGAACUACGAUCAUUCGUAGACAAAUUUGAAUUAUUAUAUUUACAAAUGAUUGAACAGGAAUUUGAUAUCAACACGCUUUCCAUCCAAAUGGAAUUAGAAUCGAAACUCCCACCUCCUAUUCUUGAAGAAAUAUUUAAAGCUAAGGAAGAAAAUGGAGCAAACUGGCAGACCGAUCAAUUACGGACAACAUUAAAACAAAUACUGAAAAGAAAGGAAGGAAUAAAAGCUCUAGACGACCAAAAGAAUGAGCUAAACGAGCAGAUAAGUCACCCUUGUACUCCAAAAUCACCCCGACCCGUUAGACAGACUAGCCCACCUAACACACCACAAUCCUCCCUAACAUUUCAUACAUCUCAACAAAACAAUAAAACAGGGAGGUUUAGAUUCCCCUGUAUUUUCUGUAACCAACCCGACCAUUUAUCCCACCAUUGCUCUAACUAGAAUUCAAUCCAUUCUCGAAAAUCCCGCUUAUAUGAGAAAAAUUUAUGUUUUAAUUGUUAUAAGCCCAACCAUAUUUCGAGGAGUUGUCAAAGACCAAUUACUUGUUCCCAUUGUAAUAACUUACAUCCCAGAGCACUUUGCUCGAAAUUAUUUAAUCCACAAAUUAAUGAACCCUGUAUAGAUGAAGAUUAUAAUGAAGAAACCAUUAUAUCCCCACAAGAAAUUCCCAAGCAACAUACAAU